AUGGCAAGCCUCUUCCUAGAUUUGUCUCUCUCACUGCUGCCAUCGACAACGGCUUGGAUUAUUGUCUACGACAUCGAGCUGGAUUGCCUGCUAUCACUGUCUCUCCUUGCGUCGUCUGAGCUGACCAAGUACUUUGUCGACAUAUUCUUGCCCCUUGCCGUAGCACGUCAACGGCUGCCACCUGAACCACGCACAGGCCUUGAAGGGCGUACUCAACAGACGCCACCUACAAUGGACGCGUCCGACCAAAAUCUCCCCAUAGAGUCGUGCGUUACACCUCGUCGAAAACGAACAUGGGCUCCCGGCUCUGUUACGAACGCGUAUUCCGCAAAGCGACGUAGGACGUCCAUGGUCUCGAUAGACUUUGGCAGGGAAAUUGCAUCGGUAGAUGAUCUUCCGGGUACCAGCCAGGCGACCGUAGCUGAUCGUUUCAUCUCGGCGCCACAAGAAGUAUCUAUGCCGCUCAACAUCACUCCCCGCACAAACCGCAUCGCGCGGCAAUUUGGGCUCAUUACCGACCGUGUCCUCAACUUUGCCGACCGCAGCGGUGGUGGUCCCAGUAGCGGCAAUCCGCUCGGCGAGCACCGGUUCCAAAUCCAGAAACUCUUCUCUGCGCCACGCACCAUUUCUCCAACGUCUGCAGCUGCGAAUCUGGGCACGCGAAAGCAAUUCGUGCUCGCCCUCGACGGUCCAGGGAUGCCCGAGAGCGUCUUUGCGUUUCCACUCGCGUGGUCACGGCGAAACGCGAUCGCGGUCGCGUGCGGGCGAGAUUACUAUUACGAAGACCUUGACACACGCGCCAUCACACAUCUCGGUGCACUCCCAAAGCGUGGACAUGGGCGUCUUGCGAGCAUCCAAUGGGCUGUGGAUGCGCCCCAUAUUCUUGCAGGUGGCUCGAGCACGGGUCUUGUGCAGCUCUGGGACGCGAAUGCGAAGGCGCUUACCCGCGAGUGGCAGUGUCGUGACUGGGAUGCAGUCGGUGGUAUGGAUUGGCGAGGAGACGUGUUUGCCGUAGGCGAGGGAGAUGGGACAGUAGAGAUGUUUGAUAAGCGUGAAGCAAAAGCGAUUGGUGUGCUGGCCACUCACAAGUGCAAAGUGCAUGGCGUGCGGUGGAGUACCGACGGGGACUACUUGGCGACCAGCGAUCAGCAUGGGGUCGUGCAGGUGUGGGACGCGCGAGCGGGGAAGUCGUUAUCCAGCAUGGGCAGGAGCGGGUGCAAGAAAAAACAUAAUGGGGCGCCUGUCAAAGCCUUAGCGUGGUGUCCGUGGAAGCCUGACUUGCUCGCGACAGGAUCGAGCUAUCCGGAUGGCAGGAUCCGUAUCUGGAGCGUGAAUGAAGCCGAGUCAACGUCUCCACGACACUCACUCGCGCUCAACACGUCUGUCACUUCGUUGAUCUGGUCGCCACACUGCAAGGAGCUUCUCAGCACACAUGGGACCUCAUGGCAGGCCCGUUCCACGUCUACUCCAAAUCUCAGUAGUGGGCCGAUUGGACGCCGGACGCGGAGUAGUGUCCUGCGGGCAGGCGCAGUGCCUAUCAAGUCAGAGUACACGAACUCACUUGCGGUGCACUCUUAUCCAACACUCACACGCGUUGUGUGUGUCCCUGCGCACGCUGGCUCGGUGUCGCACAGCUGCCUGAGUCCAGACGGAACGAUGGUGUUUACGAUAUGCCCUGCAGAGGAGGCGAUGAAGAUGUGGAAGGUCUGGGGAGCGCCGCGCCGGAUAGAGCGGCGGGAGAGUGUUUUUGACAAGUGCGGGAUACGCUAG